AAAGGAAGCAGUUGGCAUUUACUCCACUGUCCUUUCGACAACAGCGGCGACCAACAUCCCAAACAUGGAUCCACAGGUGAUGACCAACCCUGAGGAUAUUGCCAAACUCUACAGACAGCUCAGCCUCUUCCCCUCACUGACCAGGGCAGACGUGGGACCUGUUAUUACCUCCCAAUAUGGAGGCAAAUACAGCAACAUAUACACAGAAUGGAGCCAGCGUGAUCUGCAGAGGAGUGAGAGUGUCAAGUUUUGCAAGCAGUACAUUGUGUUCCAUGAUGACAAAUCAGUGGUCUUCUCAGCGCCAUCAGGAAAUUGCACCGAGGUCCAAGGAGUGUUGUUAAGUAAAGAUGCCCCUUCUGGAGAAAUGAAGGCUGUUGUCAGGAAGAGCACAGUCAAAGGGGAGGACAACCAGUUCUUGGAGAUCUGGAGUAAAAACAUCAAAGUGAAAAGCAUCAAUCUAACAUCUUUAAAGAAACAUGGAAAAGUUUAUGAAGAUGAGCAAUUUAGUUCCUUGGUGUGGUCCCACUCAGAGACACACCUCUUAUAUGUGGCUGAAAAAAAGAGACCCAAUGCAGAGUCUUACUUCCAGAAAGAGUCUUCGGUGUUGUCCUCUACUCUGGAUGAAGACAAUACUUCAGAGAAAAAGGAGUCUGUCAAAGGGGAGCAGUUUGUCUUCUAUGAGGACUGGGGAGAGACACUAGUUCAAAAGAGCCACCCAGUGCUCUGUGUUCUGGACAUUGAGAGUGACAAUGUGUCUGUAUUAGAAGGAAUACCUGAGAACAUAUCACCAGGACAGGCAUUUUGGGCUCCUGGUGACACAGGUGUGGUGUUUGUUGGAUGGUGGCAUGAGCCUUUUAGACUUGGCCUCAAGUUUUGUCCUAACAGGAGGUCGUCCUUGUUCUAUGUGGACCUCACUGGAGGGAAAUGUGAGCAGUUGUCAUCUGGAACGAGUGGAGUGUGCUCUCCCAGGUUAAGCCCAGACCAGUGUCGGAUUGUCUAUCAGGAAUAUUCAGUUUAUGGACCGCACAUGCAGUGUAGCCGACUGUGUAUGUAUGAUUGGUAUACUAAGCAGACCUCAGUGGUGGUGGAUGUGGUGAAGAGACCAGGAGAAGAUGGCUUCACUGGCAUUUACUGCACUCAGCUGCCACCUCAAUGCUGGUCAGCUGAUAGUCAACAUAUUAUUGUUGCCUGUCCUCAGCGCAGCCGCAAGGAGCUUCUGAUGGUGGAUAUAAACACAAAGAGUGUAUCCUCUCUGACUUCGAAUUCUGACAUGGGUUCCUGGUCUUUGCUGACUGUAGAGAGAGACCUGAUAGUGACAAGCUGCGCUUCUCCAAACUGCCCUCCAAGUCUGAGGGUGGGGUUCCUUCCGGGCAGGGAUUCUCAGGAGAAAGUGGUCUGGGUUACACUGGAGGAAUCUCAGCCAUUGCCAGAAAUCGAUUGGCAGAUCUUGACUUUCACUCCUCCCUCAGAGCAAGAAAACAGUCAAUACCCUGGCCUCGACUUCGAAGCUUUGCUGAUUAAACCAAAGGAGUUGAAAGAUGAUGUGAAGCUGCCUCUUAUUGUGUAUCCUCACGGUGGUCCACACUCAGUGAUCGUAGCUGACUGGCUUCUGUCUGCCGGUGUGCUCUGCAAAGUGGGCUUUGCUAUAUUAUUAGUGAACUAUCGUGGCUCACUCGGAUUUGGCCAAGACAAUAUCCUGUCAUUGCCUGGCAAUGUUGGCACUCAAGACGUCAAAGAUGUUCAAUUUGCAGUUGAAAGUGUUCUCAAAGGUGAUGUGUUCGAUAGACAGAAGCUUGCAGUUAUGGGCGGUUCCCACGGUGGUUUCUUAGCCUGUCAUCUCAUUGGCCAAUAUCCCGAUUUCUACAAGGCUUGUGUAGUCCUCAACCCUGUCGUCAAUUUGGCCUCCAUGGUUGGCUGCACAGACAUCCCAGACUGGUGUAUGUUUGAGGCUGGCUUUGACUAUGUUACAGAUGUUCUGUAUGAGCCUGCGAUUUGGGAACAAAUGUUGGACAAGUCUCCAAUCAAACAUAUCCCACAAGUGCAGACACCUGUCUUACUCCUAUUGGGAGAAGAGGACAAGCGUGUGCCCCACAAACAAGGAAUUGAAUAUUACAGAGCUUUGAAAACAAAGCAGAUCCCAGUCCGUUUACUGAUGUAUCCAGGAAACAACCACUCCCUGUCCAAUGUGGAUGCUGAGUCUGAUGGGUUUGUGAACAGUGCUCUAUGGAUAACCCAACACCUGGCGCUCAAAUGAAAAGAUUUAAAUUGCAAAAAUAGAUCAGAAUACUGCUGUAUAUAAAAGAGUCAAUUAAACCAACGCAAAGGAAUGCUUUCAGACCAGAUCACACCUUGUAACUACAUUCAUUUAAUUGUAUUCAAUAUCUUCAUGAAUCUUAAUGAUUUACACUUUUUGAUUUGCUUAAACGAUACUUUACUACUAUAAAGGCCUGUUUGAAUACUG